ACUGUAUACGGCGCGCGUAUUAUGUGCGAGACGAAAACGGGACUGCGGCCGUGCAGUGGUCCAUGGAAUCGAAGCCAUUCUGCUAUACAUAAAUCAAAAAGAGGGAUAAAUUAAACCAUCUGGUUGAUUAUUACAUCCAAGGAAGAGAGGGAGAAAGUCAAGUACAGACUAAGAAACAUUUUUGAGAGAGAAAUCCACUCCAGCAGCUGCGUUAGCUAACGUUACUGUCAGCGCCGAAAGCCGAGGCAAAGUGCACUGCAAAGUGCAAGUGCAGAAGUUGGAACAGAAAACGUGUCGACAUGCCUAAGAAGGGUAAGAAAGGAGGGAAGAGGGGAGGAGAUGAUUUUGGUGAAGACGACAUCCCAAAGACAAGUACAGCUCCCAGCAUUGAGGAAGAGGGAAAGAGAGCCGACGGUGCAAAAGGCAAAAAAGACAAGAAAAAGGAGAAGAAAAAUCAGAGGAAAGGCAGGCAAGAUGAUUCUGAUGAUGACAUACCAGACCCUAUAGCAUCAGCUAUGAAAGAGGAGGAAGAGGAAACUAACAGACCUACUACAGCUAAAGCUUCUAAAAAGAAAGGAAAAGGGAAGAAGAACCGAGGAGGAAAGGUGGAUGAUUCUGAUGAAGAUGAACAACUCAUGAAUAAAAUAAAUCAACUAGCUCUCGAGGAUGAGAUGGAGGAUGAUGAGGAAGAAGAGGAAGAGGAUCCUAAGAAACAACCGAAAGGCAAAAAAGGAAAGAAGCAAGCUGCCAAGCAAGCUGCUUUUGCUCUAUUGGAUGAAAUGGAGAAUGAUGAGGACAAUGAUGAUGUCAAUGAUGAGGAGAAUUUAGUUCCACCAAAGAAAGAAGAUCCACCGCCAAAGGAUGAACCAGAAGAGGAAGCAGCUCCAAAGAAUGAAAAGAAAGAAAAGAAAAAGAAGAAGAAAGAUAAGUUUGCCUUCCUGAAUGAAGUGCCAGAUGAGGUGGAGGAGGUGAAGGAAGAAAAGAAGGAGGAGAUUAAACCAGUCAAACAAGAUGAGGAGGAUGAUGAUGUCUCAAAGGAAGAAGAACCUCAGUUCUCAUAUCUCGAUGGUAAUGAUGUAGCUCCUAAAGUUGAAGAAGAGGAAGAGAAAGAAACCAAGAAGAUGAGUCGAAAAGAGAUGAAGAAAAUGAAGAAAAGGGAACAAAUGAAAAAACAGAUGAUGGAAGAUGGAGAACUCUCAAACUUUUCUUUGUCUCAACAAGAAACAAACGUCAAGGGAGCUGCUCUAGAGAAUGCUACAGAUGUCAAGGUUGAGAAGUUUUCAAUUUCUGCUGCUGGUAAAGAACUCUUCGUGAAUGCUUCGCUCACUAUUGCUCAGGGUCGACGCUAUGGUCUAGUAGGACCCAAUGGAAUGGGAAAGACAACGCUCCUUUCACAUAUAGCAGGGAGAAAGUUAGCUAUACCACCCAAUAUAGAUGUGCUCUUAUGUGAACAGGAUGUUAAAGCUGAUGAUACCCCUGCAUUCCUAGCUGUAUUAAACGCUGAUAAGAAGAGAUUAGCACUUCUAAAGGAGGAAAAGGAAUUAUUAGAAGCAAAUGAAAGAGGUGACCAUUCUAAGUCGGAACGACUGAAAGAGAUUUAUGAAGAAAUGGAAGUCAUUGGUGUUGCAUCUGCUGAAGCUCGAGUCAGAAGAAUUCUGGCUGGUCUUAGUUUUACACCAGACAUGCAGAAGAAACCAACCAAGGCAUUCUCAGGAGGAUGGAGGAUGCGUGUAUCACUUGCAAGAGCUCUUUUCAUGGAACCAACUCUUCUAUUACUUGAUGAACCUACUAAUCAUCUCGACCUCAAUGCUGUUAUCUGGCUUAACAAUUACCUCCAAUCUUGGAAAAAGACUCUACUGAUAGUCUCUCACGACCAGACCUUUUUAGAUGAUGUAUGCACUGAUAUCAUUCAUUUGGAUAUGCAAAAAUUACAAUACUACAAAGGAAAUUACAAUACUUUCAAAAAGAUGCUUGGUCAGAAGAGAAAAGAACAAAUGAAAGACUAUGAGAGACAGGAAAAGAUGCUUAAGAGUUUGAAAAGUCACGGCAAGUCAACUAAAGCUGCUGAGAAAGAGACGAGAAGUCAGCAGAAGAAGCGUAAUGAGAGGGGUAACAAGAAGAAAGGUGAUCCAACUGAAGAGGAUGAAGGCCCUCAGGAGCUUCUCAAGAGACCUAAGGAAUACGUGGUGAAAUUCACCCUUCCUAAUCCACCAACUCUCAGCCCACCUAUCCUGGGAAUAUAUAAUGUUACGUUUGGUUAUCCAAACCAGCCAAAGUUAUUCGUCAACUGUGAUUUUGGUGUCGACAUGAAAUCAAGAGUUGCAAUAGUUGGUCCAAAUGGAGUCGGAAAGAGUACAUUCCUGAAUCUUCUCAAGGGGGAACUUGAGCCUCUGAUAGGAGAAGUGCGAAAGAAUCACAGAUUACGUGUAGGAUCCUACAGUCAACAUUCUGCUGAUCAGCUUACUAUGGACGUGAGUCCGGUAGAAUACCUUCAGACAAAGUACAACCUGCAGUAUCAAGAUAGUCGGAAGCUGCUAGGUCGAUUCGGGUUGGUCAGUCAUGCUCACACCAUCAAGACUAAAGAUCUAUCUGGUGGUCAGAAAUCAAGAGUAGCCUUUGCUGAUCUUUGUCAGAGCCAGCCAGAUGUUAUCAUCUUGGAUGAACCUACAAAUAACUUGGAUAUUGAGUCCAUUGAUGCCUUGGCUGAAGCAAUCAACAAUUAUACAGGAGGAGUAAUAAUAGUCAGCCACGACGCCAGACUGAUAACAGAGACAGACUGUCAACUGUGGGUCAUCGAGGAGCAGACCAUCAACGAGAUCGACGGUGGCUUCGACGACUACAAACAUGAACUCCUGGUAGAACUUGGAGAGAGUGAAAAUAAGAAAUGAUUGAAGCUUACUAAUAAACCGUUCUCUGACACAUUGUUGUAUGAAACCAAAACAGCAUGAAUGUUGCAAGCUGGACAACAGAAUAUGCUUCCAAGAUCUGGAUUGGAGUAAUUCAUCUUCUCAAUACCUGAAAUCUAUUCCUUGAAGGUUGAAAGUUCUCUGACUUCUCUAAAUUGCAACAUUUCCAAACAUUAGCCUGCUAUACCAUAGGAUUUAUUCAGGAAUAAGUAGGUUUCUGUCGUCGGGUUGCUAAUAGUCGUGAGUUAUUUUUAGAUUUCUUUAUUAAAGUAGAUACGAACCAGCAGUCUUGAUAGCAACACCUCAAGUCUUCAACUACUCAAAUCUGGCCGGAUUUCUAGCCCAUAAUGCAACAUUCUGGGCAGUGUAGUCUUGUAAUAUAAGCCUGUUUGAAUGAUUAUCAUAAAUCAUGUUACCAAGUAGAAACACAAGUACUUUUAAUGUACAAAAAAUUAAUAAUUUCUAUACAGUGCGUAUCAAAAAAAAGUUUACACUUUACAAAAGCCCUGGGAAUUAAAAUAUAUACAACAUGUGGGUAAUUUUUUCACAUAUAAUCUUGGGUUUGGGUCUCAUAUAUCCAAUGAAAGUAAAAGUUUUGACAGAUUGUUACACUUGAGUGAGCAAUGUCCAUUUUUGUAAAGCUCGCAGAAAUCUGUUUGCGCAGAAAUGCUCGUUUGUACGCUGUGUCAAGGGGAAAGGGCGAAAUCAAACUUACCCUGCGAAACAUUUCCCUUGCACUUUUAGUAAAUUGAAAUAAAACGGAUACAUUCAAGCAUUUUCUAACAAUUUUGCCACCCAAAUUGAAAUUUCAAUACUUAGUAAACACAACCUUUACCCUUUUUGUGCCAGCUGGAUCUGAGGACAUAACUGAAUCUGAACAAAAGUUUAUAUCAGACAUCUCUAGCAUUUUUUCACAAAGUUUUUAUUAUUUAAAGUGGGUUUACAUUUCAUAUUUCAUUUAAUACUUGUUUCUCCACACUUUUCCCAGGCUUGACAAUGAUUAACAAAAUGAAAAUCAAGCCUAAGCCAUUUUAUGUAAAUCACAGCUCAGUGUAAAGCAAAUAUCGUCACGAUAGCCGUGGUGUGUGGGGGAGUGGGGUGGGGCGCAAUGCACUCCUUGAAGUGGAUUGGGGAAGGAAACAAGUUAAAAAAGGUAAAAGAUAUCUUCAAAUCAAUUUUACUAGCUAAAUUCCACGUGUUAUUCAUGAUUAAGGUAUACUUUUAUUCGCAUAACUAUUUCAAAGUUCUGCGCAAAUCAUUUUUCACUAACUUUUCAAAAGUAAGUGGUGCUCACUCAAGCGGAAAUAUUUUUCGACAGUUAUAUCGUCAUUUGCUUAAAUGGAUCUGUACCAAUGUUGAAAUGUGGAAAAAUCUUCAGGAUAUUACAAAUGUAUAAUAUUACAGGAUAUUUUCUAAGUGUAAACUUUUUUUUGAUACGCACUGUAUAUAGAAUUAGAGGCCAAUUUUGUCUGGGUAUUAUCCCAAAAGGUAUAUUUUGAAACGAUUUAUUACACACAGUCAAUGAGAGACUAGACCACAUUCAGUAUUGGUGAGUUCAUUUCCCCUUUAAAUUUGAAAGUUCACCCUGACAAAAAGUUUAUUGUAAAAAUAGCAGAGAAAAUGAUAAAAAAUAUUGAUGAAGGUUUGAGAAAAAUCCAUCAUAGAAUAACAAAGUUAUUAGAAGUUUAAUUAUUUGAUUUGUGACGUCAUAUGCGUGCAGCUUUCCUACAUAUCGUAAGGUAAGAAGCAAUGAAAUGUCAUUUUCUCAGAAAACUGAAGAUGGUUUUUUAAUGAACCUUCAGUAUAUCAAUAGACAAAUCAUUUCAAACCUGUUCCUACAAAGAAAUAAAAAAUAAGUCAUCACGAAGCAUUAAAAAGAUUGAAAAAAUGCAUUUUAUAUUACAUAACAUAUGGGGCAGCUGCUCGUUCAUGACGUCACAAAUCCAAAACCUAAAAUUAUAAUAACUUCCUUGAUCUUGAAGUGAGUUUCAGAAAAGUUGAAAUCUGCUCAAUGUUGAUUAUUAAACUCUUACACAUUGAACAAACAAUGUAAGUGCAAUGUGUAAUGUCAAUUAUAGAAGGAGUUCAUAACUGUCAAAUCUGUCAUACGUGAAAAGUAAAUAGAAAAGAUUUUGGCUCACAUAUUUGCAUAUAUAUUUCAGUCAUUCAUGAAUAAAUCUUUUACAUUUAUGACAAAUAUUUA